CAGGUCCUCACUGGUCAAGAGCAGCUGGGAAGGACGGGCAGGAGCUCAGUGAUCAAUCAGUGAUUCAAAGCACCUGCGGAGGUCUGGGAAAGCUCAGUCAGUCUGUGAGAAGAAGAGCGAAAGGCGAAGUCAGAAGAGGUGAAGAGGAAAGGAGUGGAAAAUACAGCAGAGGUGAAAGCGCACUGACAGAGGAACAAAAGCAAAUCUUGUCUGAACUCACCCCAGAAAUGGCGACUCGAUGCAGAAAAACUUUCACCAACACCAACGAAACCACAACGACACCUGAUGCUUCAGGCCAGUCAGACCUACUGCAGGGAAAUGGGGUCACUGAACUUCCUGUCAUUACGAUGUUGAUGCAAGUCACUGCAAACGCAGGUCAGAAAAUCGGGACUUUGAUUGACCUUGCUUCUGAUAAAAACUACAUCACUCAUAAGGCUGCUAAAAGACUGAGGUUAAGAAGUGAGAAGAUAACCUUAGUUGUGCAUGGAGUUGGUGGAAUGACCAUGAAGGUGAACACACAAAGGUAUCUCCUCAAAGUCAGAGUCAAGACUCCUAAAGACACAGAGAGAGCUCAUGAAAUGGUCUGCUAUGGCUUGGAUGAAAUCGCCAGAGUGCAUCAAGUAAUUGAACCUGAGCAGCUGAAAAAAUUCUUCCGAGAAGUCAAACUUGAAGAAUUGAAGAGGCCAGGAGAGGUUGAACUUCUCAUUAGCCACCGAGAGGGGAGAUUGGCGCCCCAGAGGGUGAAAGUCAUUGGAGACCUCGUCUUGUGGGAGGACCCACUAGGGAAAGCAGUGGGUGGAGCACAUCCCGACUUGCUUGAAGAAGUGGAGGUUGCAGCAUAUGAGUCCAAAACACACUUUGCUCGCUCCAUGAGGACAGCAGGUCUCAAAUAUGAAGAGAUCGAAGGUCAGUCAACUGACAGAGCCCAGCUGCAACAGAAAGAAAUGACUCAGACCAAAUUCACAGCCGCCAGUAACCGCAACCGCCAAAAUGUGGAGGAUGCCGAUGUUGAAACUGCCCACCAGGAGGAAAAGAAAUGA